AUGCCACCGCAGAACAUUUACAACUUUGGACUGGCCCACAGUUACAUUACGAGUAUUCUGGGUUUCAAACUCAGUCUACUCUUCACCUAUCUUCGCUUCAUGACCAAGGGCGGUGCACGCAAUGCUACGAUUACAGUAAUAGUCGCAUGCAUAGCAUUUCACAUCUCUUUCCUCCUCGUACAGGUCAAUUUGUGCCAGCCAGUUGCGAAACAAUGGGAUCCUGCGAUCUUGACCGGCAAGUGCUUACCUGCUGUUCCUUUCUACACCAGUGUGGCAUCGCUCACAAUCUUGUUCGAUGUCGCAGUUACCCAGGCUAACUUCGCUAGAAUGAUCCUUCCAUUCCCAGUCCUAGUCAAGAGCCAAAUUCAGAAACGGAAGAAGUUUGCUCUACUAGGACUGCUAACCCUCGGUACCUUCAUCACGAUCAUACAAGUUAUACGAAUUCAGACCGUCAAGAACCUUGCCAACUAUCUCGAUUCGUCGAAGCUCAUCAUGUGGUCUACCGUCGAAAACAACUUAGGCAUCAUCGUUGCCUCAAUACCCACGCUGGCACCUCUCUUCAAAUACUAUGCGGAAAAGACCCAGAAGAGUUCCACGGCAAAGUCUGCUAGUCAGUCAAGGUCGCGAUCCUUAUACGCAUUGAAGUCGCUACGAAGCACAAGGCAGGAGUCACUCCCGCUCGGAAGCGGCGUGGAUCAUGUCACGCACAUAGGCCGAGGUGGCCGUUCCGACGGGGAAAGUGCAGAACUUAUUCUCGGUGACGUGGGAGCCAUAACAAAGAAGAUUGAAGUCACAAUAUCACGAUCACUGUCUCGAGGCAUGGAAGGAAAGGACGGGGCGCGUUGA